AUGGCACCCCGCCAGGGUGGCUAUCUCCGCGUUCCGGGACAGGAAGACGACUUUUCCCGGAAGCAGCCUCGUCGCAGCCGUUCCGGCUCCUCCGGCCGGAGGCAAAAAGCUCUGCCCAGCGAGAAGCCUCUCCCGGCCCUCCCGCCGCCGACGCCGACGUCCGGCGCCGCGUUUGUCGACAUUGAUCUACACGGUGACGGCUCUCACAACUCGCCCAGUAACCGCCGCCGCGCCACCAUUGCUAUCGCGCUCGCCCUGGCCUUUGUGGGAUGUAUGCUCGCAUUUGUGGUCCUGGGCUUCGCCUGGGACAAUGGCGGCGUGAGACGGGGCCCGAACGCAUUGGACGGCUUGAAGAACCUCGAGAACUGCCCGUGUAGGCCGGACGAUGACGUGCCACAGUACUUCAGGACGAGUCCGGAGUUGUGGGCGGGCCCGACGGCGACUGGUAAACCUGCCUUUAUGGCGCAGACGAGAGUAAUUCCGACGGGAACCUUUGUGCCGAAUGCGCCGCUGCAGACGGAUAUCCCUAUCGAAGGAAUGGGAAGCAAGAAUGAGAGCAUUUUCAACAUGAUGGGGUAUCUUACCCCGUAUCAACCGAGUCCUGGCUUUGGUGUUGAGGAAUACGCGCUGCCGGAAGGAGCCGAUAUCGUUCAAGUUCAGAUGCUCUCUCGCCACGGAUCUAGAUAUCCCACCACAGGAUCCAAUGUAGCCGAUUUUGGGCAGCGCAUCGCAAAGGCUGGCAAGAAAUUGAACGCCAAGGGUGCUUUGAAGUUCUUGAAUAACUGGAAGUAUCAACUGGGACACGAGAUAUUGGUUCCAAAGGGGCGUCAAGAGCUGUUCGACUCUGGCAUUUUGCACUCGUACAUGUAUUCGUCGCUGUAUAAUCCGAACAGCAAGAUCAUUGUGCGAACAACUACGCAAGACAGGAUGCUGAAGUCGGCCGAGUAUUGGCUGGCGGGUUUCUUCGGUCUCGAAUGGACAAACAAUGCCACCAUCGAGGUCAUCAUUGAGCAAGACAGAGCGAACAACUCGCUCGCCGGCUACUUGAACUGCCCCAACGCUCGCAAGCAGAAUGGAGGCGACGAUGCUGCCAAGGUUUGGAUCUCAAACUACCUCGCCAAUGCUACUGCCCGGCUGAAAGAUCUGGCGGAGGGAUAUGACUGGACCAUCGAUGAUACCUAUGCGGCUCAGACCAUGUGUCCUUACGAGACGGUGGCAUACGGCUUUAGCGUCUUCUGCGACUUGUUCACCUACGAGGAAUGGGUCGGCUUCUCCUACUCCGUCGACCUCAUGUUUGCCGGCAAUAACGCAUUCCAGAACCCCACAGGUCGCGCUGUUGGUAUCGGCUAUCAACAAGAGGUCAUUGCGCGCCUCCAGAACCAUACUCUGGGCUACUCUGGGUCUCAGAUCAACGUGACACUCGACAACAACACAGUCACGUUCCCGCUCAACCAAAGCCUCUAUUUUGACUUCUCCCACGACACAAACAUCGCCUCCAUCCUAACGGCGUUUGGCCUGAAGCAAUUUGCUCAACUCCUCCAGCCAACGCAGUACCCGGGCCCGCACAACUUCACCGUCUCCCACAUCACGCCCUUUGGCGCCCGGCUCGACAUUGAGGUCAUUAAGACGCCCAAGCCGUUCAAGGCCGAUCGUUCCGGGUACGAGAAGGACGGCGGGGAGACCAGGUAUAUUCACUUUGUGCUGAACCAGAGGACCGUGCCGCUGGGCUGGAGUUUCCCCGAUUGCGAUGUCACGAGAUUAGACGGUUGGUGCGAGCUCGAGACGUUUUUGAACGUGCAGCAGGGCAUGCCUGAGCUGGCGGCCUAUGAUAGAGCCUGCCAUGGAGACAUUGAUACCGUUCCGUACGGGACCGUGUAUGAUGGUAGACCCUUGUGA